AUGGCAGACUUACCCAAACCUCGCGUAACGCCUUCACGGCCCUUCACACAUACGGGUGUUGAUUUCACGGGGCAAGUGGAAGUUAAGGCUAACAAGGGCAGGGGAAUUAAAACUACAAAAGCUUACAUAGCCGUUUUCAUUUGGUUGAGCACAAAGGCUAUACACAUAGAGCUGGUCUCUGACCUGAGCACUGCUGCCUUUCUCGCCGCUCUGAAACGCUUGUGCGCGCGCAGAGGUACCCCGCGCCACAUGUACAGCGACAGCGGGACUAACUUUGUGGGCGCAGCAAAAUCAUUACUUAAGGAAAGGAGGGAGGCUUUACAAUAUUACAUUAAUAGUGAAUUUCUUGGCUGCAUCUCCGGUUGGGGCAUCGACUGGCAUUUUAAUGCCCCAUCAUGGCCAACUGCAGGAGGCUUGUGGGAGGCAGCAGUCAAAAGUAUGAAGCACCACCUUAAGCGCGUUCUGGGGGAGCAAAAAUUAACCUUCGAGGAGUUGUCAACACUGCUGACUCAAAUUGAAGGUUGUCUCAACUCGCGACCGCUGAUUGCUAUAACCGACAACAUCGACGAUUUGGACUGCCUCACUCCAGGACAUUUUCUUGUUCACGGGCCGGUGCUUGACCCACCGCUGGCUACCGACGACUGCAAUAGGAGCCUGACUGCUAGGUGA